AUGUUGACAAUAAGUCAAGUUCUUAUAGCCUUGGUUCUAUUUCUUCUAAUUAUGCAGUUUGUUAAGUUGCAACGAGUACGGAGACAACUUCCUCCUGGACCAAUCCCUCUCCCAAUUCUUGGGACCUUGAUACAGCUGAACUUUCAGUUUAAUUGUGAUCUCCUCAUGAAGAUGGCAAAAAUUCAUGGCAAUGUAUUCACCUUAUGGUUUGGAUGGGCCCCAGUGAUCGUACUGAAUGGAUUUCAAGCAGUUAAGGAUGGUAUGACCACCCACCCUGAAGACGUUUCCGGGAGGCUAGUAUCUCCUUUCUUCAGAGCAAUGGCCAAAGGAAAAGGGAUUAUGCUGGCAACUGGUCACACCUGGAAGCAGCAGAGAAGGUUUGCACUGAAGACUCUACGCAACCUGGGUCUGGGGAAAAGAGGUCUGGAACAUCGAGUUCAAGAAGAGGCCCGCUACCUGGUAGAAUUUUUUGCAAGUAUGAAAGAAAAUCCCCUGGAUCCUUCUUUCCCCCUCGUUCAUUCCGUCUCAAAUGUGAUUUGUGCUGUCGUUUUUGGACAUCGCUUCUCCAGAGAGGAUGAAACCUUCCGUGAACUGAUUAGAGCCACAGAGCAUCUAUUCAAAUUUGGAGGCAGCUUUAUUCAUCAUCUGUAUGAAAUCUUCCCCUGGCUGAUGUGCCGUCUCCCCGGUCCUCAUAAGAAGGCAUUGUCUUGCUAUGAUGUCCUGAGCUCUUUUACAAGGAGAGAGAUCAGAAACCACAAGGAGAAUGAGAUACCAGAUGAACCACAGGAUUUCAUUGAUUUUUACCUAGCUCACAUUGAAAAAUCCAAAGAUGAACCCAGGUCUACAUACAAUGAAGAAAACAUGGUUUAUUCUAUCAAUGACCUUUUCUUGGGUGGAUCGGAGACAACAAGCACUACUUUGAACUGGGGUCUGAUCUACAUGGUGGCAAAUCCAGAUAUCCAAGAGAAAGUGCAGAAGGAGCUGGAUGCUGUUCUGGGUCCUUCCCAGUUAAUCUGCUAUGAGGAUAGGAGAAAACUGCCCUACACAAAUGCUGUGGUUCAUGAGAUCCAGCGCUUCAGCAAUAUCAUUUCAGUUGGCAUGCCCAGAGUCUGUGUGAGGAACACAACAUUGCUGGGUUUUCCCCUCAAAAAGGGCAGCAUAGUUCUUCCAAAUAUUGCUUCUUCUUUGUACGACCCCGAGCACUGGGAAACACCUCGACAGUUCAACCCUGGCCAUUUCUUGGAUAAGGAUGGAAACUUUGUGAGCCAAGAAGCCUUUUUACCAUUCUCAAUAGGGCACCGAGCGUGUUUGGGGGAGAACCUAGCAAGGACCGAGCUCUUCAUUUUCUUUGCCAACCUGCUACGGGCAUUCACCUUCCGGCUUCCCGAGGGAGUGACAAAGAUCAACACAGAGCCAAUUUUGGGGGGUACGCUGCAGCCCCACCCGUACAAGGUUUGUGCCAUUCCACGCUAGGCUGCAGCACAUCACAGACAAUCUGCUAAGCAAUCUUACUUUUGUGAAUGUGUUACAU